GUUUAGCUGUUGUUUUCAAAAAGAUUAGUCUGAAUCUUCUAACGUAGCAAGAAGUUUAAUCAAAGUCAGCUUAAGUUGCUCGAAGUUGUUGUAGUGCCUGCUGGCAUAGGUUCAAAAACAGUAUCAAUUUCAAUGAUUAGUUGCAUAAUGACUUAUGAUUUGAAUAUCCAGGCUAGCGUGCUGCGGUUUUGACAUGGCUCAUUUGAAAUUUCUUUAAGAAUGGCUAAAAGAGCUCUUUGCUGACUAAAAACACUUCUAAUAGCGUUUGAUAGAAAAACUUAAACGCACUUCUAGGUCAACAAGCGCUUCGGGGAGAGGGGGAACAUUUCCAAUUGCAUUUUCAAGAAACACUUGGUUUUUUUAAUUAAAGUCUCAACGUCUUUCUGAUAAAAGCACCCUUAGCAAAAGCAAUUAUGAGCGGGAACAACCCGUAAAUCUUACCAGCAUAUUUUUUUACCAGUGGUAAAUUUCGUUUUCUUGGUAGGUUUUGAACAGAUCACGAAUAUUCCAAUUUCACCUUCCCUAGUUGCAAUAAGAACAAGGUUGAAUUAGUGCAAGUCAAUUAAGUCAUGACCUUGUUAGGUUAACUCUUAACAACUUUAAAUACAAGUUGGCAGCCAAAAUACACACAACAUACCAAAACCUAUGGGCAAUUCCUCUGCCGUUAUAUUUUCCUUGGCCUUCGUGGCUGCUUUGAUCAUCUCCGUUGAUGCAAGCGGCGGUCAUGGGGCGAGCUGGGUUCCAGUGAGACCCCGCUGUGAGGGUUCGGUAGCGGAGUGCAUGGAUGAUCAUGAUGAUGAGUUUGGCAUGGACUCGGAGAUCAGCAGGCGCAUCCUGGCCACCUCACAAUACAUAAGCUAUGGAGCUCUGCAGAGAAACACUGUGCCUUGCUCUCAGAGAGGUGCUUCCUACUACAACUGCAAGCCAGGUGCUCAAAGCAACCCAUACAACCGUGGAUGCAGUGCUAUUGCUCAUUGCCGGAGUUGAUCAACGGUGUAGCAUGUUUUUCAAUGUUUAUCACUUGGAUUAAACAUAACAUGUUGUGAAUUGUAAUGUUUAUAUUAUGCUUUAUCUUAAAAAUCAAUCCUAAUAUGCAAAUCCGAUUGUAGCCAA